AGUGCAUUAUUUUGCCAACAGUAUAUCCCCCUGCAAGACAUCAAGUCACAACAUUUUGGCAGGACUACUUGUAACUUACUUUUACUAGUGACAUUGUAGCAUAGAGUGUCACGUGUCAAAGGCUGUUAUUCCAACGCAGUUAAAAUAAUUAACAUAUCAGCAGGGCAAAAAAAAACUACGUCUGAAGGAAGAACAAUAUUAAAAAGUAGGCUACAUAGACGACAGAAGACAAUAAUGACGUGGGAAUUAUACAGCAGAGAAACUUUACGGAUCCAUUUGCUGCUGAGGUUUCUGCUCUAUUUGCACCUGGCGACCGUGGUUGGAGCCAAUGGAGACGUGACCCAUCCUCACACCCGCUUGACUGUCACCGCCCCCCACCUUUCCUACAUCUGCGAGAAGGGUGCCAACGUCACCCUGCUCUGUGCCCAGAGAGGUGCCAAGCUGCACCCCUUGGACCGCCUGCAUCAAAGCUGGCUCUUCACCCCCCACUCAGCUGAGCAUUGCCAUGACAAGGUGCACCCCCGCGCCCACAAUCACAAGGGCAAUUAUUCCCGUGCGGCGCUUCCUUGGGGGGUACAGUACGGGUCAAGCGAAGAGUCUUUCUGGGUGCAACUGCAGCUCGUCACCGAAUCUGACCAAGGGCGCUACUGCUGCCUCUCCCUGGAUAUAAACAAUGGCAAGGUGGUGCAGAGGACGCAUAGCCACGUCUUUCUCACUAUCACACCUUGGAAAAGCGACGAGGCGAAAUGCACUCAAUUGGACAUCAAGCCACCAGAAGGGUCAGUGACUGCAGGCCUGGCCACAGCUGCAUGCAUCAUGGCUAUUCUCUCUUUGCCCCUCAUCCUGGUGUUAGUGUACAAGCAAAGGCAAUCUGCCCAGUCCAGACGACGUGCACACGAGCUGGUGAGAAUGGACAGUGAGGCUGCGGGCCAUGAGAACCCAGUGUUUCUGGGGGGUUCACCCCUGGGCCAGGCUAAGACCAGGACUGUGUCUCAAAUCAUGACCAGGCAGUCCUCAGAGACAGGCCGACACCUGCUUCUGUCCGACCCUGGCACCCCCCUAUCUCCUCCCGCACACGGAGUCGUGUUCUUCCCAGAACAGGAGCCCGUCCUGGAGUCUCCUGAUUUCCUGCAAAUGUAGAGAGAAGCAGUCAAUGGCUCCCUAACCCAGAAACUCCUUGUGGUUAGUUAUUCAUCUUCGCUCUGCCACGUCACCCUGAAGCCUGUCUCACAACCUUCUGUGCUGGGAGAGCUCUCUCGCUGUGUACCGCAUCAUGGAUGGAUGAGAGAAGGAAGGAGGGGACAGUUUCAUCUAAAAAAUAAAAUGUUCCACCUGCAACAACAACUGGAGGAGGCCAAAGAGGGGGGAGGGAUUUGUUCUCGACACUUGUGUUGCAGUGGGGGGGGCCCGCUAAGCAUGUGAUGCACCAUCUGACCACUGACGACAGCUCAAGGACCAGCAGGUGCUCCUGAUUUGAUGUCCCAGGACUGUACUGAGGGGAGUGUGGGUGCAAGGUGGGCUGUAGAGGAUACAAAGCAGCUCCUGUGGACUCUUGAUGAUAUGCUCCUCACCAUUUCCCUCGCCAUUUUCCCCAAAAGAGAUUUCCCCCAUAUAGGGCCUGUUCCCCGGACACAGAUUAAGCAUCAAUUUAGACAUUUGUUUUCCCCUAAUAUUUGUCAAACCUAUUUUCAGUGGCAAUUGACGAGACUGACUAAACAGACGUAGGAAAAAAAACGAACUGAGCGAAAGUGAUUUUUCAUUUCAGUUGACUAAAAUGAGACAAGACAACAUUAUCUCUGUGAUUAAAAUCGGACUCUUUAGUGGACAGGACAACAGUUUUUGAACAAAUCUAGCACUUUUCAGUGAUAAGCACAAUUAAUAUAAGCAGGACAGAUGCAGUUAUUUUCACACACAGCCUACAUCAGCUGGUGAGCUGGGGGGGAGCAAGCGAUGAGUGUGGACAGGCUUCACUCCAGCUCCGUCUCCGAUUAUACACAUUGCGCAGGCAACUCUUUUUGAUUUCCCGUAGCUAACCAGUCACCACCAGCCUUCUAGUCAGCUACCGUUUGCCUGGUUAAGAAACACAAGAUGCUUUACAAAAUGCAAAACAAUAGCAGCAUUGAGUUUAAUAGUAAAACUACAGUCUAGCUACGUUCUUCUCUUCCUUGAGUAGAGAAAAGUAGGCUGUUUUUAGAAUUUGUAGUCUCGCGCAACCCUCCCACCUUCCCCACUGCCUUUCAUAGGCAGGUUCUGUAGCCAAGUCUCCCUCUUUUCCUCAGAGAAAACGCUUGAUGCUAGCCCUUACUGUUCAAAAGACAUGACCCGGGUCUAUGUUGUCUCUUUUUAUUGUGCGUUGGCGGGCUGCAUUUUAUAUUCAUAAAGAAUAUUGUGGGCCUUGCUAAAAGUAGGUUACUUGCGGACCAGACCGUUAACCAUUUGUUUAGACUACACCUUGUUCAGUCAUGUUACCUCAAUAGCUAGCUAUAGCUAACAAACUGGGGCGUUCAGCAGGAUGCAACUUUUUGGAAUGUUCAGAUAGAAAUAUGCUAUGUAGAACAAACAUGCCUCUGACAUUUUGCUACUGAAUGUGGCCCUGGUACAUUACCAGUAGCCUACUGUAUAUGCAAACAUUUGGUGGCACAGAAAGAAAGGAAGAAAAGCACUGCAAAAAAUGUAUUGACUAAAUUCUUCUUGCCAGGACACCUAUAUCUGACUGGGCAAAUAACUUUAUUUUGAGUUAAUGUGCUCCCAGUGACUCGAGCACUGGGACUUUGUGUGUGUGUGUGUGUGUGUGUGUGUGUGUGUGUGUGUGUGUGUGUGUGUGUGUAAUAUCUAUGUAGCCUGAAUUAGGAAUUUACGUGGCCAGAUAAUUCUUAUAUAAGUUAGUAAUUUCUGCUGUUGAGAAUAGGAUGGUAUGCAUAAAAAUAUGUUUGUAGGACACAGCUAUAUAUGUUUGUGCACAUGGAAGUCAGUGAUUUAUGUUUAGUAUAAGUUUAAUAAGGCAAUAUAAAUGAUGUGACUAAAAUGAAAGAGCAUUUAGUUGACUAAAAUGGCCCAUUUGUUUUCUUCAUUUUGACAAUAACUUGACUAAAUUAUUAAUCAAAUAAUUUAUUUACUAAGACGUAAUAUUUUUGUCAAAAUUACAAAGACUAGACUAAAUCUAAAAUAGAGGGACAAAAUUAAAUGGAGAUUCUCCAUUGAAAGUGCUUCUUAGUCCAAUAGCAUUAGCGUUAUCUGUGUCCUGGAAACUGGCCCAUAGUGUUCUAUUUAUUUCUAUGAUGUUUCCCUCUUCCUAUGACUCUGAAAUGCAUAUUCAGCACAUUUGCUUGUGCCAAAGUGAUCAGGGUAGUAAGAGGUACCCAUGGGCUGACAGUAGUUUUUUAAGGCAAUUCCCAACCAGCCUUAAACAAUUGUUUCUAAAAAUGUGCUUCUCUGAGCUGUUCUAACGAGACCAAAGCCCACUUUUAUGUAUCUAAACUUCCCAUUUUGGGGUUGUUCCUCUUUCCCCUUGUAUAUAUUUCACUACCUAAAUGACUGUGUUUCUGUAACCCCCCCCUCCAUCCCUUUCCUCGCUCUCAUUCCUUCCCAUACCCUUCCCUGCACUUAACAAUGUCAAAGAAAUAUUGGAGAUAUAUUGCUAUGCUGGACGGUCUGUUUUUAAAGAGAAGUGUCAAUUUUGGUUCUACUGUAGUAGAUGGAUCUAGUAACCCAAACUCAACCAGCCCAAUGCCUUCACUGCCAAGAUGACCAACGUGUCUUAUUACAUGGUGUUGUUGGGUUUACUGUUUUGUGAUAUCCUUUGGCAUAUUUUGUGCUUAUACUUGAUUUUUUGUUAUCUUUAUGUUUAUCUAUCUGUAUGUAUACAUAAGUGAAUUGAAAAGUUGUUGACCAAAGCACAGUCAGACAGAGAAGGACAGUGAAAGCAUGUUGUGAAGUCGACUAAACUGGCAUUUCAGACAUGAUGUUUAGAUUGUGUCUACGGUAGUGAUAGCCACUGGUGGUCUUUGUUUGUGUGUGUGUAAUAGCCAAACAGCUGCAGCUUUGGCAACACCAUGUGAAAUAAAGCCUUUUCCAAUAUGUUUAUCAAAUAAAAUGCUGAUGUAAUUUUUUUCUAUAAUAAAUCGGCGCUCUUAAACCUU